AUGGCGACAAGGGCAGAAUGUAGUAGCGAGCCAACAACAGGAUUAGAUAAUAUUGCUGCAGCGCGAAACAACCAUGACAAUCGACAAACGGAUGGUUUCGAUGAAGACUUUCCUGAGGAUGAUGAAGCUAACUCAUCAGCCAGCGAUUAUGGACGCUCAGCGUCUGCAAGUUAUCACAGCAGCAUCCGCAGCGAUAUCGAAGACUAUUACUGGGAGAACGGACGGCGGUACCACGCAAUGGGAGGUGGAAGAUACCUUCUACCGAAUGACGACACGGAACUUGAUCGUGAGGAUAUGAAGCACCAUAUGUGGACGCUCGUUCUUGAAGGGUGUCUUCACCUCGCUCCUGUUGGAGAUCAUCCAAUGAAGAUACUCGAUGUCGGAACAGGGUCGGGUAUCUGGGCAAUGCAAGCAGCAGACCAAUAUCCAUCAGCCGAAGUCAUUGGAUUUGAUAUUUCGCCCGUCCAACCAAGCUGGGUCCCGCCGAAUCUGGCUUUCGAGAUAGACGAUCUUGAGAAAGAAUGGUUGUGGCAGGCAUCUUCAUUCGACUUGGUGCACUGCAGAUUCAUGUUCAUGUCUAUUUCAGAUUGGCCGUCAAUGCUUGCACAAGCAUAUCACACACUCAGACCUGGCGGCUACGUUGAGUUGGCAGAGCUCGACCUACUUCCAGCGCCGGCAUUCGACGGUCGAUCGGGUCCACCAUUGGUCAGCGAGUGGUUUGCGAUACAGGGUAGCAUCUUAGCGAAGAAGGGCUUCGACAUUCGCAUAGCGUCCAAGUUCAAGCAAAUGCUUCUAGCUGCAGGAUUUGAGGAUGUGGUAGAGGUUGUGAGGCCGGUACCAUGGGGGACCUGGCCAUCCGACAAGCGACUCAAGGCCAUUGGAUUCUGGCAUGUUGAACAGCUCAAGAUGGGAUUACAAGGAAUCACCAUGGCAUCUCUGACCCGCGCAGGGUGGUCAGUCCCAGAAGUAGAAUUGUUCCUCGCUGGAUUGCGCCGGGAGAUGAAGGACUCAAAUUGGCAGAUUCAAGAUCAAGCCAACGGCUGUUUACUCGAGGCAGCCAAAUCUUUCCGCACAAGCUCCGGUAUACAGCAGAUACUCGUCAGCCUAGCCAUUCCACACUCAACACACCUAGCUAUCAGCAUCAAUAUCCACACAACUGUCAUGGCGUCGCCUUCACGAUCAGGCGGCACGAUGCACGUCGCAGUCACAUCACCAUUCAAAUUCCUCAUGGGAUCAUCACAUAGCGCCCCCGACAUGUCGGUUAAUGCCCUGGUCGAUCGCUUCACCACUCUCGAAGUCAAGGAUCGCGAUGAAGAUAGCGCAAAGCGCGCAGUACGACGACUGGAAGCUGCCUUGAGAAGGGCCGAGAUGGCACGCGAGGAGGCAGAGACUGAAGCUACGGGCUUGCGCGACGAGCUCCGGGAACAGAGGGAUAUGGCAGAGGAGCGCCUGCGCGAAAAGAUGGACUUGCGCCAAAGACUUGACGAGUACGAGAAAAAGUACGAAAAGGCCAAGGAGCGUUUCAAGCAGCAGAAAGUUAAGCACGAAGAGCAACUGCGCAAGAUGCAGAAGGAAUACAUGGAGCGCGAGAAGCUGCAUUGGAGACAGCAACAACUACUACAAGAAGAGGUCGAUUGGGAGAAGAAGCUGCGCGCUGAUUCAAACGAUUUGAUUGCUUUCUUGGAAAUUGAUCACAUUGUGGCUCUUCAAGCUCAGAAGGACAAGCACCUAGAGCUUCUUGCAAAGCAACAACGGGUUACACCAAAUGUCCAGCUUCCUCAGGAGUCACUCGACGACUUUGACAUCGAAAUCGACACCCCGAAAAAGCAAGAGGACGAAGCUAUGGCUGAAGACAAUGACUACGCUGUCGAGGACAGCCCCGAGCCCGAGAUCACGCGACCAAGCUCCAACCAUACACCAGUCCGCAGCCACUCAAGCACCCCAAUCGCCCACGACUCACCUCAACACACCACAUCCCCUCCGCGGCCGUCAGCGCACACAAAGCAAACUCUCCGCGUCCCCAUAAACUUCAACGACGAAGACGAUUCCUCUUCAACCAGCGACAAGGAAAACUCCCUGCCUCUGCUCCAACCCCCUCGCACGCCAAACCCAUCAUCCCGCACAGUCAGCGCACCUCCCCACCACCUCAAGACCCCAAUGACAAUCUCUUGCUCAACACCCGCCUCGCACCCAAAUAUCCCAGACUUCUUGAACACGCCUAUUGAUAGGGAAGCCGCUCUUGCUGCAAUCAGAGAAAGAAGAGGUAGGGCAAGGAGUAACGGUGCUGCUGGAAUGGCUACACCGAGAAGGCUUGGGAGAGAUGCCUCUGCGCCCCCUGGAGCUGGCAGUGUGGGUUCGAGAUCUAAGAGUCGUGGACCUUGA